ACAACUUACUCUUUAUACUACUGUUGUUCGGAAUAAAUUUUUCCAGUUGUAUUCAGCGGCUAGUAAACAUACCAUGCACAAAAUGUUUUGGCUUCCAAUUCUACCUAGGAAAAUCAAUCUAUCGCAGCUAGUGAAGAAACAAAUUUCGAGGACUGAUAUAUUGCACCCGCUUCAUUGCCUAAUUUAUAACUGGCUGUCAUUUUGGGUCUAAAUUCUGCCCUCAAUUCAACUUUUAGAGUAGAAACUUUCUAAUUAGAGUGAAAACUUCUAUUUGAGUCGGAAGUUCUAUUUGCUGUAUACUUAAAAUUCAUUAGUGUUUUUCUUUAGAGCUAGCAAUUUCAAAUAUGUCUAUUUUUUAUUGAAUAUUUUGAAGAUAAGAGCGCAAAUAUAUUUAAAAUAUGAAACCUUCUUUCGAUUUUUGUAUUUGUUCAUUGUUAUUGAUUGCGCUCUUCAGUAGUUUCGUCGAAUGCAAAGUUCGCAAGCGGGGCAAGCAAAACUCAGUAUCCAGGAAUCGCACAAGCAACGGAGACAAUGAAAGGAGAACCAGGAGGAGUGAGAGCGACGCCUCCCGGUCUACAACUCCUUCGCCUCAAAUUCGCGCACAAAGACUCGUACAAGAGCUACUGGGCAACUACACGAAGGUCGUCCGACCAAGGCUAAACCAGAGCCAGACAGUGAAUAUCUACUUCGACAUUCGAAUAAAGCAGUUGGUCAACGUCGAUGUCAAGUCAUCACAGGUGCAGUUUUCGAUCUGUCUGUGGCAGCAGUGGGUCGAUGAUGGACUCCAGUGGGACUACGACAAAUACGGGGGCAGAUACACCAUGCUGAACCCAAAUGACAUCUGGAUCCCUGACGUCAUGUUCAUCAACUCAGUGGACAACUUCGAACACCUCAAGGAGAUCACUGCACUGCCAGUCAGAGUGAAUUGGAUGGGGAAAGUGUUGUGGCAGAUCCCAUUGCUGAAGACUACUCGUUGCAAUAUGGAUGUUCGCUACUUUCCCUACGACAUCCAGACAUGCUACCUGGAUCUUAGCUCCUGGCGCAUGCUCGGAAGCGAAAUCAACCUUGAGUUCAUGGAGGAUUAUUCUGGAGAAGCAGCAGAAGAGGUUGCUAAGUUCCGUCAUCCGGAGUGGAAUUUAAUCUACGUGGACAAAAUCCGAGAGGUGCAGGGGUGGGAAGGGUACGAAGUGCCCAUUCUCAAGUUCAAGUACGCCUUCCACCGACAGUCCAAAUACUUCGAGUACACCAUGGUGUACCCCACUGUUCUUAUAUGCCUCAUGGCGUUCAUUUCGUUCAACUUACCCAACGACUGUGGCGAAAAAAUCGGGUUCUCAAUUACCAUUUUACUGGCACUGGUUCUCAAUUUAUGCCUGAUUGGAGGCUACAUUCCCCAUGCUAGUGUCAACUUCCCCAUUAUGGCCGAGUUCUUCUUCGGAGGAAUCUGUGCUGUGAGCGCAUCUGUUGUUCAGAGCGUCAUGAUUCUCCUCAUGUACCACUCGUCCGAGAAGCCGAAAGAACCCUCCAAAGUAAAAAUAAAAUUGAAACUCACAGUUCUCACAAGCAUCAAUAAGUUGAGCACUGUCUCGCAUAACAGCAUAGAAAAACAUAUGAAAGACAGACUCUAUUCGAUGAGUAAGGAAGAGGGGUGA